CUAUCUUUAACAAAAAUAUGAACCGCUAAAUUUGGGACUCUGAAUAUCUUUUUAUUUGCUAUUUUUUCUUCAAUUAUGUCUUUUGACUUUAUUUCAGCUAUAUCUCCACUCCACUGGUCUAUUUUUAAAAAUUUUUCGUCAAUUUUGGUUGUAAUAUAUCUAAAUUUGUCACAAGGACCUCUGUCACUAAAACUUCUUAUUAUUAAAUUCUGUGGGUCUAUAAAUCCUUUUAUUACUCCAUUUUUCAUGCUAAUAUUCGCUGGUAUAUCUUUAAAACACGCGCCAUCGACAGACGGUGUGAUGGUAUAA